CUGGCCUCAGGUGGCAUCUCCAGGAUGUUCCGUCCUGGUCAGUUCCUGUCCCCGGGACUUGCCUCUGGGAUUUUCUCCCCCCACACGGGUCACAUCUGCCCAGCGUUCCCUGGCCGGAUCGCCUCCUCCCCGCUCUCCGGUGUGCUCUUGCCUCCCGCUCCCAUCUUCAGCUACGAGCUGCUGCAGAGCUUCGCUCCGCCGGACCCGUGUAAACAGGCGCUGCUACUGGCCACGCAAGCGGCCGGACUGGCCGGACUGGCUGACUACUCCGAUGAGUCGAAGCCGGUGAAACAGCGGCGAGCCCGAGCUAACUACAGCAGCUGGCAGCUGGAGGAGCUGGAGAGAGCAUUCGAGACAACUCAGUAUCCGGACAUCUUCAUGAGGGAGGCCCUGGCACUCAGGUUGGAUCUCAUCGAGGCCAGAGUCCAGGUUUGGUUCCAGAAUCGCCGAGCUAAAAUGAGGAGACAGUUGAAAAUCCAGGGCAGAUCCAUGGAGAAGAGCAGAGACCAGGAGCCCAGCAGCUGUGCUGUUCAGGAGGAGAAAUGCGACCAAUCAGAGAUCAAAGCCGACAACCACAAGAUGGAGAAAGCCAGUUACCCCUGGCCAGGAUCACAAGCCGACUGUGGGGAGGUCACGGUAGCUGCCCCCUUCCGUACAGUGGUCCGGGGAAUCACGGACACUGCCAGCUCCAGUCCUAGUCCAGAAGAGAUCCGUAGCUGCAGCAUUGCCACACUUCGAGCGAAGGCCAGGGAACAUGAGGCUGAGAUACACAGUGGGGCUGCUAAACCUCUGGCUGUCUCUCAGUCCUCUUCCCCAGAGCAUCAGGGAGCCAAUGACCAAGCCAUAUAAUACAGUCUGUAAUAGAGUUGGAAUAUUGGAAAGUCCUGAGCUCCUUUUAUCAAACACAAAAAGGUUACACAUUCAACAAUUGACAUCCACAGAGAGGACUUGGAAAGCAGAGAGAGAUGCAGAUUGUGUAACUGACAGAUUGAUACAGAGACUAUAAGACGCAUAGAUCGUAACAUAUUGAGAGGCUGUAUACACCGAUACUGUUUAGUACAAAGGGUUUAACAAGAGAGAAAUGGCAUCACAAAGUUUGUAUAACUCAUAGAGACUGUUUAAUAUACAAAAACUGCAUAACACACAAAGAGAUGGCAUAACAUAGACUGUAGCACAAAGCUGUUUAACUGUAUACCAGACUGAUGUAACACAGAGACAGUACAAGAUACAGAGACUGUAAUAUGGUCUGUCACAUAUAUAAUAUAACAGCGAUUGCAACACAUGGAGACUGUCUAACAAAGAGAGACAGACAGUGUAACGGCUCCUUAAGUUUUAAGUGUUUACUGGAUAGAUCUGUAACAGUAUAAAUAAUGUUACUGAAGCAGGAAUAAUACAUGGACUGUAAUGUGAUGAUGAAGAAGGUUUGUGAUUCUUAGCAGGUCAUAACGUUAAGGAUACUUCAAAUAUAAACAUCAAGUCGUGUUCACUUGGGGGUAACAGGAGCACACUGUUUGAGAGCUGGGGUACAGUCUACAGACCUGGGCCCAGCUGAUGAGCUGUGGCCAAGGACCUCUUUUUUUCAACAGCACUGUACACAUUAGGCGCUCAGAUGAAAUUCCUUUGUUUUGUGGUUCAAUUCAAGGUGAGCUGACUGGACUGUCCUCUCCAAGAAUAUGUAGAAUUGGAUGUGGAAUAAUACAUGAUCUGCAGAAUAAAGUUGCUGCAAGGAGUCUAUAGUCCACAACGAAUAAGGUUUAGUGACUUGGUAAACUCCUCUCAGAACUCCCUGUUACUUUAGUUGCUGAAUGUACUGGCUGACUCUCGGCCAUCCUGCAGAAAGGACUGAUGGCGUGUGAAUUGACUUGCUACAUUUUUUACUUUAUAACAGACUGUACUUCAAAUAAAUGUAGUAGUGAAACAGUUUGGAAUGUGAUGAUGAUGUUAAAGGUGUGAUAUGAAUUUCCUUUAAUUCAUUCAUUGGAUGUGGCAUCACUUGCAUGUGUCAGUGUGUAUUGUCCAUCCCUGUUUCCCUGGAGAAGGUGGUGGUGAGCUGCCUUCUUGAACCGCUGCAGUCCACGUGCUGUAUGUAGACCCACAAUACCUUUAGGAAGAGAGUUUUCAGAAUUUUGGUGCAGAGUUGGUGUAGGAAUGACAAUCUCCUUCCAAAUUGGGGUUGGGUGUAUGGCUUGAAGUAUAACUUGUGGUAGGUGCUCCUGCCUCGCCCUCGCAGUAGAAGCCAUGAGUUUGGAACAUGUUAUUAAAAGAGCCUUGGACAAUUGCUGUAGUGCUCUUGUAGAUGGUAGGCAUUACUGUCAUGAAGAGUUCAUGGUAAAGGGAGAGGAUGUUUAAGAUGGUGAAUGUGAUGUCAAUCUAGUGGGCUGCUCUCUCCUGAAUAAUAUUGAGUAUUGUUGAAGCUGUAUUGAUCUAGGCAAGUGGAGAAAUUCCAUCACACUCCGGAUUUGUGAUGAUAGAAACCGAAAGAGCUGC